GAGUGCAUCAUAUAAUGCUACACCCUGCUUUAAUCACUUGCUAAUGAUUCAAAAGGCAGGAAAACAUCAGCCAACUAUCAGAUGGCAUAAUGCUGGAAAUCAUUUCUUCCACAUGCUGAUGGUUCCGCCUUUCUGAAAUAUAUUACCGUUUCUCAGCAGCAGCCCUAAAUGGAUCAAUCCACAAGCAGUUUCCAGAUCUGUUCAAGCACAUGAGGCUUCAGUUUCUGCUUAAACUACCUGGUGUGCUGUCUUGGAGGCUUUGCUACAGUACAUAUGAUAUGAAUAGCCUUAGCAAGACUUUCAAGGAAACAUCCUGAUUUUUAGUACAGAACUUUUGAAAUUUCCUGGGAAGCAAUUUAUUUUGACCAGCAUUCCUCGAUCUCAAAUAAGUACCAAGUAGCAUUUAUCUGACUAAAAUGGAAUAUUAAUUUGCAAGAAGGUUCACUUCUGAAAAGAAAAAAGAUGGCUAUAAAUACAGACACCCAGUUUGAACAAGAACUGACUGGAAGCACAGCUGUUUUAGCUAGUGAUUCUCAGGAAACAGAAAAACUCCUGACAGCAACAGAUAGCAAGGAAGAAAACGGCAUAUCCAAGUCAUUCUCUGUGACCAUGUCCACUGAGAAGUCCUUUGAUAUUGAUCAGAAUGGUCAUAGUGCACAGUACAAACCAGGCUCUACAGACCCGCUUGGGUCAUCACCUCUUUCUCCAUCAAGAUUAAGUCUAGGCAGAGCUUCAUCCACUGCCACUACAAAUGCCCAGGACCAAUCCCGGCCAAAGGACUAUUUAAUCCUUGCCAUUAUGUCCUGUUUUUGCCCUGUCUGGCCAAUUAAUAUUGUGGGACUGGUCUUUUCUAUCAUGUCCAGGAACAGCUUACAGCAAGGGGAUGUGGAUGGUGCACGAAGACUGGGACGUCUGGCCAGGCUCCUCAGUAUCGCUUGCAUGAUACUCGGAAUCGUCCUCAUUACUAUUUACAUCACGGUUAACUUCACAGUUUUACACCAUAAUUAUUAGCUCUUCAUGCUGGUCAGGCUGGCAAGACAAAUGCUUUACUCUGAAGAUUUUAUAUCAUUAAAGAAUACGGUUACCAGAAAACAUCCAAGGAAAAGUGGAAUUCAGACAACAAGUCCAUGACAAAGCAUGCACAAACCUCAAACAUGGAAACUUGCCCUUGACUCAAAAAGGCUGACUGCUGUCUGUUUUGAAUACAUACAGGCAAAAGUGGGCACAGGCUUGAAGGCUACAUUAUAGCCAGUUAAUUUGUGGAUGAAACACCUCUAGGAUGCCAGUAAACACUGACUUUAGUUCGAUUUUAACAUUUCAAAGAGCUGCAAGGCGUAACUGCAAACUUUAUGAAGAAAAUCUGCAUUUAUCCUAGUAAGGAACUACAGCACAUCCAAAGGCAGGGCAGCAUCAUGCUGGGGGUAAAGUAAAGUGAAGAAAGGAAGAAUGGCAUGACUUUUUGUUUUGCAUCAUACCGUUAAAGCAAAACAUGACCAUUUUGCAUGCCACUGCGAAUGCAUUUGUAAUACCCCUUCCUGUUCAUUCUAUCUUUGUCCUCACAUUAAGUAAUCACAUUUAAUAAACUGUUGAAAUGUUUUCUGUCUUCAUACUAAACUGAACUGAAGUUCAAAUGAAUUCUGCACUAAAUGACUGUCACUGGGGUUUUAUUGUUGCUAAUCUCAACUGAAAAUUACACUGCAAAGUAUACCAUUCUGUGGGUAUAAAAUCCACAAAGCACUUUGAAUACUUUGAGCUCAGUGUACAGGGGGUCAGAGAACUCAUAGUGCCCCAUAGUGCCUAUUUUGUAAUGAAACUGAGUUCCUGUAGAUUUGGGCGAACCAAAGUUAACCAAAGACUUUGCUGCUUGGCCUCACAUAAUGCACUGUUGAUCAUAAGAUAUGUUGUGUGACCUUCUAAUGCCUUCUAUACAUUUGCCAUAUGAACCAGUAGUUCUUAUAUAAACCCAAGCCUGUGAUCUGAAGCAAUCCGACAACAGAAAAAAAAAUCUAUACGCACACACAAUGGGCACAGAGUUUCAGCAUGCCACACAAAACUGUUUCACUCGAUUGCAUGCUGUGCAUCUUACACCACAGUCAUCAUUCUGUCUCUAUGCAGCCACUCUUUUUCUUGUUCAGUUCUAACUGUAGCAUUUAGGCAGUGCCACAUUCUUGUUUAUGGUGUGGCCCCACUCAUAAAUAUCCCUUCCUCGUCAGGUACCUUAUUUCUAGUACUCAGCUGAUGCUCCAUUCCCACGCUCUGCUGUCUUCCUACUCCUCACAUAUCCUUUACUUCCAUGUUUCCAUUCUGCUUCGAUGCUCCAUUCCCACGCUCUGCUGUCUUCCUACUCCUCACAUAUCCUUUACUUCCAUGUUUCCAUUUUGCUUCGAUGCUCCAUUCCCACACUCUGCUUUCUUCCUACUUCUCACAUAUCCUUUACUUCCUUGUUUCCAUUCUGCUUCGAUGCUCCAUUCCCAUGCUCUGCUUUCUUCCUACUCCUCACAUAUCCUUUACUUCCAUGUUUCUAUUCUGCUUCGGUCAGUCUCCAGAAGCCGUGACUGGCAUUUUGUGCCCUGUUCUUGAUCCUUAACAUAUGCAUUUUUCAAAAUGUGUUCCCCAUUCCCCACUAUCCUUUCUCUAUUUUGUGGGGAAAAUUGCACACUGGCACUAGCUUGUCUCUAUUCUCUUGCUCUGUUCCCUGUCUCAGACAGAUUUACAUGUACAUACAAAUAUCAUAAUGAAGUAGGCCCUCAGACAGUAACUGCCACUUCAGGCCACUACAGAGCAUGGAGUCCUCAGUGUGAACUUGUCAGCUCUUUUUUACUUUAUCAUUCUGACCUCAGAUACAGCCUUUUACAUGCAACUGCUUAUUUCAGUCACAGCUUUUUCUACUGGUAAAAUUAAUUGUUUUGCAUUCUUCAUUAAGCAAGCAAAAGCUGGAAGUAUCAAAACCCAUGUCUGCUUGGUGGCUACAUCAUGCUCCCUCAUGGCUGUGCCAUUAACCUUUAGCUAAUAUAGCUCUUCCCAAGACAGAUGUACAUAUAAAGAUAUCGAAAAAAUCACAAGUACAUCCUAAAUGACCAACCUUCUUAACUACUAUGUACUGACUCCUCCAAGUCAAGUAAUAUUGAAUUUCUACAAUCUCUGGUCCAGCUCCAUAUGUCUUUCUCAUGCCACCUUCCAGAUAAUCAAAGAUACUAACAAUAUGUUUCAACUUUCUUUCAACAACAUCUUUAUAUAAUCUUUUGGGGCAGUGUUGGUGAAUUUCUUGUCACACACACACACUCUCUCUCUCUCUCUCUCUCUAACUAUAUGAGUGUGUGUGUGUGUGUGUGUGUGUGU